GAUAAUUCAGGUAAUUAUGUUUCUGUUCUAUAAAGCAUCACUGCACUGGUAGUAUUUUCCAAUGGUGAAUCUGCAUUUUGAGUGAUACUGCAGAAAGUGAUAUUAAUAACUGUACUGUUCAUUGUGAAUCCCUGUGACACUAUAUCUUUGAGGCCCAACACAUACUUUUCAUCAGUUUGUCAGUAUUUUAUUUUAAUUUGGUGCACUUGUGGGACCAUUACAUGAAUUUGAUGAAUUAUAUGUAAAAUUCACUUGUUCCAGCAUAAAGACAGAUGGAAAUGUGUUUGACCCCAUCCACAAGGAUUGUACUAUAAUCUGGAUUAUUUCAAUGUGGUGAUUGUGACUAACAGUUUAUUGCACCCAAAGUGAACAGUUUGAAUAAAAAGGAACUACAAGUAUUAGUUUACACCAAAGAGAGACACAAUAUCCUGGAGUACCUCAGCCGGUCAACACUCCGUAAUAUAAUCAGUCUGAAGAGAGGUCCUGACCCGAAACGUCACCUAUCCAUGUUGUCCAGGGAUGUUGCCUCAUCCGCUGAGUUACCCCAGUGAUUUUGUGUCUCUGAACUAUUUGUAUUGGGUAUUUUUUCCAUACUCAUCAGUUGCUUAGAAUCUGCACGAACUUUUGUCAGAAUUAAUAUAUGAAGAAAUAUAUAUUUGGGGAGUUUCUAUUCCCAAAUAGAUAUACACUAGGGGAAUCAGAUUUAUGUUAUGUUGUGCAAUUUGUUAUACCCCAGGUUUAUUUUGAUACCAUCAGAGAAAUUGAGUGGCUUACAAGUUAAUUCAAAGGUUAUUUUUCCUGUGGUACCUGAGUGGAUUGUAUUUAUUAUGUGAUUACGGAAAAUAAUAGUAUUGAGAGAGCUGCAAAUUCAUUGUGCCUGCUCAUUGAAUAUUAUAUGCACUUGCAUGAAAGUCGAGGAUGAAGUGACAUAUUUCUAUAUGACAUAGAGGAGGCCAUUUAGCCCUUCAAGUCUAUUCCAGCUUUCAGAGCUGUAAUGUAUUCAUACAUAUUCAUGUAUAUGUUAAUGAGUUGGUGUUCAAUAUAAGCAGGGAAUGUUGGGUAACAAAUCUCUCUCUCGUGAUCCAGGCAACCAGUGUGUAAGUUGUUAUUCAUUUUGCAAUCCGGACUAUAACACAAUUGGUGACGAGGAUGGGAUAAAGUUUGUGAACUCAUCCUUUAAAUACAAUGCAGGACUGUUUUGCAACACACAGUAUUGUUUAACAGUUUAAACAGUAAGUACGGAGUUGUGUUGCAGUUGUUUGUGAGCUUGACACGAUAGGCCAUAGAUCCUUCUAUGCAGGGGGCUGUAGUUUAAAACAGCAGCUGGACAAAUCGUCGAGAAUUUGCCAGGCUAUCUCUCUGGUUGUGUCUACGUAGCAAGAUGCUAUCCUUGGGAUUGUAUAAGAUUUUUUUUUGUCCAGUUGCUUAAGCUGAAUAGCCUUUGUACAGCUAAGUUUUAGGUGAAUUGUUACACCAGAACAGACAGGAAAUCAGGGUUUUUGAACAGACUUUUAAAAAUAAAAAGAGAACGACACGAUGGCUGCUUCCACGGGCUACAUCAGAAACCUUGGCACAUUGGCAAGAGUAGAAAGCCAUUCAGCUUCUAUAUGGAGAGAGCGAACAUGCUUUUCACGGCAGACAACAUAAUAGAGAUUAGUGGUGAAGGAGAGAUAGUGACUGACAAUAAGGCCAUUUGCGAACGUAUGAAAGCAAUUCUGCUCAUGGAGAUCGGUCCUGAAAUGUAUGGCACACUCGUGAAUCUCCUUGCGGCCAUAAAGGCAAAAUACAUGACAUUAUGAAGAAGUUGGAGGAGCAUUUCAACCCAAAGCCUUUGGAAAUUGCAGAAAGCUAUAAAUUUUGCACUAGAAACCAGAAGCAGAAUGAGACAAUCAAUGAGUACAUUGUUGCGUUGAAAAACUUAACUUUCCACUGUAACUUUGGAACCUUUCUCAGAUGCGCACUACGCGACAGCUUUGUUUGUGGUCUCAUGGAUAAACGAAUUCAGUCCAAACUCAUGAACACUCCAUAUCUUACAUUCGAGAAAGCAUGCAAGAUUGCUACCACAAUGGAGAUGGCAUCAAAGAAUGCUCACGAGGUUCGUCCACCAUGGACUGCAGUGGCCAUUUACAGUCACAAGGCAAUGCCUAUGGCCAAACCAAGAGGCACUAAACCAAAACCAAAGUAUGGUAGGGAGCCGAGUUCAGCCAGCUGUUAUCAUUGCAAUGGUAAUCACUCAUCCCAACUUUGUCAGUUCAAAAUGGCCAAGUGCUAUAACUGCCAGAAGAAAGGCCAUAUCGCCUCAGCAUGUCGGGCCAAGCUUAAAACAGGAAACCAACAAUCUGCGGGAAUCAAGCGACAACACCAGAGAGGAGUUCACAACUUGGAGAUGAACCCAGAUGGAAAUGAACUUGGGUUGUACACUAUUUAUGCAACCAACAUUGAUAAGCCUGCAACCAGCCAAGGCAAGGACUUUGGAACUAAACUAUUGAUUAAUGAAGAGUUAAUCGAUAUGUGUAUUGACAUGGCAGCAAAUUGUUUGGGCAUGAGCAAAGACCUGUAUAUAACAAAGUUCCCUCAGAUACUAUUGUUUGAGAGUAAGAUGAAGCUGAGAACCUACUCGGGUGAAGUUUUGGAGACAUGUGGACAAAUUAACUGUAAAGUCCUAAUCCCUGAGUUUUUAUCUGAAGCUCUUCAAGUGCUGAAAUGUCCCGAAGUUUGACUAUGACCUGUCGUGGGUGGGCUGGAUCUGCUUGUGAUCUUGGCUUAAAUCUAGGUAUUCGAUGUGCCACUUCAAUUUCCGGUUCCACAGGUAAAUUGAGUACAUGUUUGAUUAA